AUGAAGAAAGAGUGAGCGAUUUUCGCUACGAGCCACCCUUGCUUGGUGUUGCCGCUAAGAACGGUGUCCCAGUAACCAUUCUUUGCAACUUCAUUCUCAUCAUAACCAUUCUCAGCACAAUCCAAUCCUAUCCAUGAAUUCCUUUUGUGGCUCCCAACACUGCACCAAAACCAGCCCAGCCCGAAUCCCCCGCAAACCCGCUUCCUCCACCACCACCUCCGACGACGACGACAAAAACCACUACCAGAUGGCACCAUCCUCCAUGCCUCCCGCGUUCCGCUUCCGCUCCUUCUCCAGCUGCGCACACAACCGUCUUUCCCUAGCGUCCUCCUCCUCAUCCGCCGUGAGGCGAUCUGCCUCCGCAAGGUUCACACGACAGCACACCACCACACGCAACGAGGUCAUGCUGAACAACAUUGUUGGGAACGGAGUGUCUGGAAUCCUGUACAAGUGGGUGAACUAUGGGCGCGGCUGGCGCCCCCGUUGGUUCAUCCUCCAUGAUGGCGUUUUGUCAUACUACAAGAUCCACGGCCCUGAUAAGCUCGUCCUCAACCGCGAGGUUGAGACUGGGGCCAUGGUCAUCGGCGAGGAGUCGCUCCGUCGCAUCAACAGCCACCGCCAUUGCCCCUCUCGCAACCGUAAGCCUGUCAGCGAAAUCCAUCUCAUGGUGUGUUCGGUGAGGGAGAACAGCUCAGAUGAGAGGAGGUUUUCAGUGAGUACGGGGACGAAGAAGAGGCUGCAUUUGAGGGCGGAGAGCAGGGAAGAUAGAGCCUCCUGGGUGGAGGCAAUGAGUGCCGUCAAGGACUUGUUUCCUCGCUUGCCCAAAUCAGAAGCUAUGUCACCCUUUUCCUCGCCGCUAGUUUCCACACAGAGGUUGAGAGAUCGCCUUUUAAUGGAGGGUGUGCGUGAAACUGCUAUUAGGGAAGUUGAGGAAAUCGUCAAGUUCGAGUUCUCCCAGUUGCAGAAGCAUAUUGUGGCUCUUAAGCAGAAACAGUCGCUACUUAUGGACACGCUGCGCCAUUUAGAGGCAGAGAAGGUUGACUUGGAGAACACACUUAUUGAUGACCAAAGGCAAUCGAAGGAUGAAACAGAAUCCUAUCUAUCAACGCAAGAAAAGUAUAGUGGUACCGUAAGUACUGGUGAUGAUUCUUUCGAAGAGCACGAUGGGGACGAUCACUCAGACGAUGGAGACGAUGCAUUCUAUGAUACAUGUGAUGAUAUUCUAUCAACAACAAGCUCUGAGCACCUGAGAUCCUGCCAUGAUUCUGAAUAUGAGGAGACAAGUCCAAAUGGUGAUGAAAAAUCAGCCAUUGGAUCUUUUGGGUUUAACUAUCCUCAAAUCAAGCGACGAAAGAAGUUUCCUGAUCCUGUUGAGAAAGAGAGCAGCGUCAGUCUAUGGUCAAUCAUAAAAGAUAACGUUGGGAAGGAUCUUACCAAAGUUUGUCUUCCAGUUUACUUCAAUGAGCCUCUCUCCUCACUGCAGAAAUGUUUUGAAGAUCUUGAGUACUCUUUUCUUCUAGACCAAGCAUAUGAAUGGGGUAAAAUGGGUGACAGUCUAAAGAGGAUGUUGCAUGUGGCUGCAUUUGCAGUUUCGGGGUAUGCUAGUACCAAUGGUAGAAGUUGCAAACCUUUUAAUCCACUGUUGGGUGAGACAUAUGAAGCAGAGUAUCAAGACAAAGGCAUUCGCUUUAUCUCUGAGAAGGUCAGUCAUCACCCCAUGAUUGUUGCAUGCCAUUGUGAGGGAAGUGGCUGGAAAUUUUGGGGUGACAGCAAUUUAAAAAGUAAAUUUUGGGGUCGUUCAAUCCAGCUUGAUCCUGUUGGUUUAUUGACCGUAGAAUUUGAUGAUGGAGAAGUCUUUCAUUGGAGCAAGGUAACAACAUCCAUUUACAACCUCAUUUUAGGAAAACUCUACUGUGACCAUUAUGGUACAAUGCGUGUAGAGGGGAACCGUGAGUAUUCAUGUAAGAUCAAAUUCAAGGAGCAGUCGAUCAUUGAUAGAAACCCUCACCAGAUUCACGGCAUAGUGGAAGAUAAGAAAGGUAGAACAGUGGCAACUAUAUUUGGGAAGUGGGAUGAAAGCUUGCAUUUCAUAAUUGGAGGGAAUUCUGGGAAAGGAAAACGGUCCUCCAAUGUUUCCUCAAAACCACAUCUUUUGUGGAAGCGGAAUCCAACACCAGAGUACCAGACAAGAUAUAACCUCACACAAUUUGCUAUUACACUAAAUGAAAUCACACCUGGAUUAAAGGAGAAGUUGCCACCGACAGAUUCAAGGCUAAGACCUGAUCAAAGGUGUUUGGAGAAUGGACAGCAUGAAAUGGCCAAUUCUGAAAAGUUGCGGCUAGAACAAAGACAGCGACAGGCACAAAAGAUGCAAGAGAAGGGUUGGAAACCAAGGUGGUUUGCCAAGGAAAAAGGCAACAACUCUUACCGUUAUGUUGGAGGGUACUGGGAGACCAGGGAAAAGGGGAACUGGGAAUCUUGUCCUGACAUUUUUGGCCAAUUCUCAACCGAUACUGAUUUUAACUCAACUCCAUAAAUUUCUCAACACUUUUACCUACCUACUCCCAUUUUGAUCAUAGCAUAUAUUCAUAACCAUAUUUAUGAUCAUUACUUUUUUGAGCACUCAACAGAUAUGGUUGAUUAAUACCUGUUAUGUAUAGGUUAUGUACAGAAAACAGUGAUUCUUACUUCUUCCUCAACAAGGUAACAUCCCAUUUCCCAAUUCCAUCUGGCAACAACAGCAACAACUUUUCUUGUUGUUAGAUACUCAUUUCAUUUAAAGUUGGGUCUAGAAUGGAUGGAGUGGAGCUUUGUAUGAAAGUCAUAGUUGGUAUACUAAUCAUUUAAAUGUUACAUAUCUCCACAAUGUGGAGAAAAAUAGGCAAACACAUUAAAUGAACAUGCACCCUUUUUUUAAUGUUUAAUUCUGAUGAUCCAUUGAACGUGUUAAA